AUGGCAACUAUGAACCCAGACCUUAUGAGCAGCUGCGCUGCUCCACUGCUGAUGUCGUUGUCCGUGACUAUUUUCUCCGUCGAUCUCGCCUUCGCGACCGGAUGGAAAGACGGUCCGGUGUCCCGGGGAUUGCUCAUUUUCGCAUUCUCCAUCAUUUUGCUUUUCGCUGUUGGUUUGGCGUCCGAGAAGAGUUCAGGUUCGGGGGUGGGCAUUCGAAAUCUCGCGGGAAAUCUUUCCGUGAUCGUCAAGAUUCUCAAUGACCUCCGGGGCAUAGCUGUUAGUCACAAGUAUUCCGCUCUACCACAAUACGAGUCUUAUCCAUACUUUCAGACCCUUGCGCAACCUGCUGCCGCCGACGAUCCGGGUGUCACCGCCGCUGACUCGGACGCUUCCAACACGGCGCAAUCACCAUAG